UGGUUCAUCUUCCUUAUCGAAAAACAAACAUUUCUCAUUUGACUAGAAUAAUAACCUGCUAUCCUUGUGUUAUAUUGCGUAGACAUUAAACUUUCUUCCAAGACUUCAACACAAAGGAAGAAACUUAUUAAGGAAGAGCAGCAUAAACAUUCUAAUAGUUGCUUAAUAAUAUAGUAUUCGGACGCUUGGAAGUUUAGAAACCCGGUCCCAGUGUGCAAGUUCGGUUAAAAUCCAUCGACUAGAUAUUUUUGCUCGGAAGCUAAUAAAUUCGCAUCAAAUUUUGCCAAGAAAGGUCUUCAUAAAAAAUUGGUAGAUGGAUAAAGGAAAAUACAAUAAAUAUUCUGAAUAAUCUUUUUCUGGUGGAGAGGCUUUCGAGCUCAUUUCUCCGGACUGCCAUGUUGUUUACUAAUAAGGUGAUCUGGCAGGCCCUUGAAAUCAUCUGCCUGUCGAGCAACCGGGCUAUUCUCUGCAAAACUGUUUGGCUUUGAUGGCGUUUAUUUAAAAUAUCUGGCUGCAAACCUUUGCCAUUUUUGACAGCUACAGCUUGUUUGAAUGAAAGCUAACUUCACAGGUGCGUCCUAACUCAAUCUUUCACGCAUGGCUGAACACAGAUCAGCGUCUAGGCCUGAAUUCUGGUGUCGGUCUGAAAUCUUUCGAACCUGCCUGUCUAUCUAUUUUGCCUGAAUAAAUUUACAUGCGAUAAAUUGACAAAGAUUGCUGCAAUGAAAUAAGGAAUUAAUGGCAGGGUACAGCAGAAGAAGUAAUAUCAAGUGUUCUGAGGUGGCAAAUAGGCAGCAUGAUUGCACAGAAACAGAAAGCAGCUUUUUUAGAGCGUUGGAAAAAGAAGACUUGAAAAGAUUCGGUGGAUCUGACGACACGGAUCGGUUAAGAGUUACCAAUAAGCCUAUCAACGGCAAUAGAGAAGACAUUGUUAAACAUGGAACAGAAGAGUAUUGUAAUGGGAAAAACGAGUUGCGGUUUGAAGAGAAAAGGGGAAAAGUAGCAAGGAGAAAUUCAAAGGCAAUGCAGUCGAAAGUUAAACAAAGUAGAUUUGUCCAGAGGCGACUUCCAAGUUUUGCGGAUACCAAGAAAGCAAGAGGUUGGCAUUCAGAUUCUGAACUUGAUUCAAUGGCUAAAGGGAAGAAUUUGAAAAUAAAACAUAAGCGGAAAAGUAGGGAAAAGAAUAGCAUAGAACUAAGUUCGCAGAAGUUCGCAGAGAGAGAAAGAAGGGAUGAUGAGCUGGAACUUCGAUUGGGUCAAGAAAGAGGAAACGACAAUGAUAAACGAGUUGAAACAAUAUUGCCUGAUAGUACAAGAGAUAAAGACGCUGAACUGGCAGAAAUCAGAUCUCCUGGAGAUAAAAAGAAACUCGAAGAGUCGCAAAAAAGAAGAAGAGUUGCCAAUAAAAAAGCAUUGUAUAAAAGAAACUUGCUAAAUUGCAGCUUUCCAUCAUCUGAGCAGGAUGAUGCGUAUGAAAAAAAGCUGACACAUGAGAUCUCCGGGGAAAAUAGAUUGAUGAAUCUGCUGAUUGACUACUUCAAAGACUUGAACAAAGAAAUAAUGGAAUUUCGCCAGGAAAAGAAAAAAACACGAGAAAAGGUUCAGGAAAUCGAAAUAAAGCUGGAGAAACUUAUUGCAAAGAUCGAAGCUCAAGAAAUAUUUAUGGAGAAGCAAAAGACAAAAACAUUGAACUGUGAAGGGACUGGGAUCAAUGUUAUGGACAGGGCUAGUAUAAAACAAGAAAUUCGUAGUAUCGUCGGGGAAGUUCACAAUAAGUACAAUAGACAGUUGGUGGAGCACGAAGUAAGGAUGAAGUAUGUUCAAGAAAAGGCAGAAUCAGACAUGAAACAUCUCAUGAAAUGCAUUACCAGUAAUUUUGCGCAGCUUUCUGCCUCUCAAUCUAUGGAAUCAGAAAAGAAAGUUGAUAUGUCCAUAAAUAUUCCAGCUAAACACAUGCCAGCAGCUACAGACCAGUCUGAUCGUGUUACGAAGUUCAUUGUCAGUAAAGACGUUGAAGAAAGCAUGUUUCCCGAUUGUGUGUUAAAAGAAGCAUGCUGCCCAAGAACUAAAGGGGGGCUAAAUGAGGCAAAAGUAGAAUUACCAGAAAAAGAUGUUAAAUUAAAAUCUCCAAGAUCAGAAGAACAACGUAGAAAAUAUGAAUUCUAUUUCCCCAAAGAGAGUAGGGAUAAAAAAGAAAAGAAGAGUGACGAUGCAAAAAUCGAAGCAGAACCGACAAAAGAAAUAAUGCUUGUCAGCAAUGAAGCUACCAAACAAACAACCAAAAAUUCUGGGUGUCUUGUGAAAGACCAUGAAAAUGAAUCUGGUAGAGUGCUUAAGGUCUCAAGCCACCCAUCAGGGCUUGGAACAUCAUAUAUAGAGUGGAAACAAUUUUGGAGCGAGAAGCUACAACGGAGAGUUACAAUUAAUGGAAACAAAAGUAACACAACGGAGAAGAAAGAUACAAAUUCAAGUAGAAAUACAAACUAGAAAUUAUAACUUACACUUACAUCUAUUAUAUCAGAACCAGAUAGUUCUUGUUGGUUAACAUUAAAUGCCAUUCUAUUGUCGUUCUUAAUUCAAUAUUGAUUGAUCUAUAUUUACAUACUAUAAACAGUUUUUAAGGCCACUAAAUAUGUUUUGUUAGAAUUAUAAAAAAACUGUUGAUUAGCUGAUGAAGUCUCCUCUUUUUUGUUAGCAUGAGAAAAAGCUUUAAUAAAAACAU